AUGCCCCUUUUCCAACCAAGUGUAUUCCAGUCAAGCCAGAUCGAGCACGGCCACCGAUUCCAUUUCAAAGACCCCCACAACAGCCAGCAAGGUUGGAUCUGGGGUAACGUGACUCUCCCAGACACAAUGGGCGUGAACACCAGUGACUUGGAGAUUAUAGUGCAUAUCUGUGACACGAUCGCAGAGAAGCUGGUUGGUUGGAGUGAUACUGCUCAACACGGCCUGGGGAAGAAUUGUGUCUCGUUCCCAAUCCAGCUGGAAACACCCCUGCAGGAUAAGAAGAGGUUGAUGUUUCAGGUUGAUUAUGCUGCGCUGUGGUGGGUGAACCGCGUUCACGAGGGAACUGUUUCUAUCGACAAGCACUUCCUUUUCCGGGCUCGCCAGCCGCCUGUGUAUCCCGAGGAUCGGUUGUUGGAUGUGCCUUUGCAUUGGCGGAAGCCUGAGUACACGGUUUUGAAUCCGUGGUCUAUGGUUACCGUGCUACAGUAG